UGACAGCUAAAUAUCAAGGCAGUCACCGCCUCGCGCCCUGCCUCCAACCCCCACAGCUAAGACAAACAGUUGGGCUCAAAGAAUGCCUCUGUUAUCGUAAGUUUCUAUCUCGCUCAUGGCCGGCCCUCAUUUUCUCUCUUUUUUAAUUCCAGAGUCUCCUCCACCUCCCUACUCCAGAUACCCCAUGGAUUUUCUCAAGCCAACUGCAGACUGUCCAGACGCUGUGCCUUCCUCCGCUGAGACAGGGGGAACGAAUUACCUGGCCCCUGGGGGGCUGUCAGAUUCCCAGCUCCUCCUGGAGUCCGGGGCUCAGUCGCACUGGUGCGUGGUGGCGUACUGGGAGGAGAAGACCCGCGUGGGGCGGCUCUACUGUGUCCAGGAGCCCUCCCUGGACAUCUUCUAUGACCUACCUCAGGGCAACGGCUUCUGCCUGGGCCAGCUCAGCGCCGGCAGCCGGAGCCAGCUGGUGCGGAAGGUGCGCAGCCGCAUCGGCUGCGGCAUCCAGCUGUCGCGGGAGGCGGAUGGCGUGUGGGUGUACAACCGCAGCAGCUACCCCGUCUUCGUCAAGUCCGCCACGCUGGACAACCCCGACUCGCGCACGCUGCUGGUGCACAAGGUGUUCCCCGGCUUCUCCAUCAAGGCCUUUGACUAUGAGAAGGCCUGCAGCCUGCGGCGGCCCAACGACCACGAGUUCACGCAGCAGCCGUGGACGGGCUCCACGGUGCAGAUCAGCUUCGUGAAGGGCUGGGGCCAGUGCUACACGCGCCAGUUCAUCAGCAGCUGCCCGUGCUGGCUGGAGGUCAUCGUCAGUGGCCGGUAGCGGGCAGCCGCGUGGCCGGGCGGCCGCACCCACCUCCCUUGCUGCUAGCGCCCCCGCGCCCGUGCUCCACGCAGACUCUGGCCGGUUCUGUUUGUUUCCUCCUCGUCUUCUGUGUUGUUUUGUCCUUUGAGAAAUAGCUUAUGAGAAGGAUUUGGGGGCCCUAGGGGGUGGGGUGUGGCUGGUGGAACAGCCCGAUGGAGCCGGGGUGCAGACCCUGAGCGCCCACACACUGCGGAUGGAGGGACAGUCCCUUCACCCUGGGUCACCAUUUCUUGUGCCAGGAGCGCAUGCGGGUGGGUGUGUGUGACUGCGUGUGGACGGUCUGCUCCGUGGGUCUCUACGGGCGACCUCAGCUGAGAGGUGGAGGCCCCCCUGUGCCCUGUGUCUCCAGCCCUCGGGACGCACUCGGGGCAGAGGUGGCAUCUAGGUGUCCCCCCAAGGGAGCGCAGCCCUGCCCGGCCUGGGAGACCCCAACCGGCCCCCAUCAGGGAGCCCUGAUGACGGCCAUCAUCCCCAGGCCCCCUCCCCGCGUGGUCACGUCUUUCUUUCUAGCCAUCUGCUCUUGGAUGUGGGAUGCCGGGCAACCCUGUGGCAGUGCCCACCCAUGUCCUCUACCCCCUCUUGCAUCAGGUUCUUCCCGGAUUAGAAGCCCUCUGGGCGCCUCCUCCACCCCACCCUGCCCUGCCCUGUGGCUCGGGCUGGGUACGCGCCCGCAGGGCCCUCCCGAGCGGGCCUCGGCCCAUCACGAGCCAAGGUACCCCAGGCUGACACCUAACUGCUUCCCUUCCACAACUCAUACACUCGUAUGAUACUUUGACACUGUUCUUAGCUCAAUGAGCAUGUUUAGACUUUAACAUAAGCUAUUUUUCUAACUACAAAGGUUUAAAUGAACAAGAGAAGCAUUCUCGUUGGAGAUUUAGCAUUGUAGUGCUUUGAGAAAGGACUCCUAAAAAAAAAAACCCUGAGAUUUAUUAAAGAGAAAAUGUAUUUUAUGUUAUAUAUAAAUAUAUUAUUACUUGUAAAUACAAAGACGUUUUAUAAGCAUCAUUAUUUAUGUAUUGUGCAAUGUGUAUAAACAAGAAAAAUAAGAAAAGAUGCACUUUGCUUUAAUAUAAAUGCAAAUAACAAAUGCCAAAUUAAAAAAAGAUAAACACGAGAUUGGUGUUUUUUCUAUGGGUGUUAUCACCCAGCUGAAUGUUUUUCUAAAGGAGUUUAUGUUCCAUUAAACGAUUUUUAAAAUGUAUCCUUGA